AUGGCGACAUUCCCCGCGACGCUCACAGACUCUGCGUCCUUCGUCUUGCAAGGGCUCUCGGAUAACAAGUCUUUCUCCGUGGCUCUCCUCGUAGCUCUAUCUGUCUUCUGUACGGUUCGUUACAUCAGGAGUCCAUGGAGGCAGCUACCACCGGGCCCAAAGGGCUAUCCUUUGAUCGGUAAUGCGCAUCAUCUUACUAGUAAGCAAUGGCUUGCCUUCACAGAGUGGGGGAAGGCAUAUGGGGAUGUUUUCUCUCUGAGCGCACUGGGCCAGACAAUUGUUGUCCUUAAUUCUCAGAAGGCAGCCGCAGACCUUCUUGAUCGCCGCGCAGGUAUUUAUUCGGACAGACCUCGCAACAUCGUAGCAGGCGACAUCCUUACGGGAGGCCUCUUUGUCGUCUUCCAGAGCCACAAUGAUGUCUGGCGUCGCAUGCGCAAAGCCGCACAUGAAGGCCUACACAAAGGCUUAGCCCACAAUUUCCAUAAUAACCAGGCCACUGAGGCCUUGAUUCUCACGCAUGGCGUCCUCUCAGAGCCGGACCGCUGGGACAGCCACCUACGCAGGGCGGCCGCCUCCAUGAUCAUGUCUGUCCUCUACGACAUGCCGACCAUCAAGGCAGAAGACGAUCCUUAUGUGACUCGUAUCAACGAUAUGGUUGCACGCCUCACUCGCGCCGCCUACCCUGGCGCUCACUUCGUCGAAUUUCUGCCGUGGAUGAUGUACAUUCCAAACAGGUUCGCCAAGUGGAAGCGUGAAGCCGAAGAGUGGUUUGCGCGUGACUCGGUGCUGUUCGAGAGUCUCUUCGAAUCUGUCCACGCCCGUGUGCAAAAGGGCGAUGACCGGCCGAGUCUCUCCGCAACACUGAUCAAGGAGCAAACAAGGCAUAAUCUCAGCAUUCGCGAGAACGCCUGGCUGGCGGCGACGAUGUACGCCGCCGGCGCUGAAACCACUGCGGGAGUCAUGGGCUGGUGGAUGCUCGCCAUGAUAGCUUACCCUGAGACUCAGAAACGUGCCCAGGCAGAGCUAGACGCCGUCGUCGGGCGAGACCGCCUGCCCUCCUUCGCCGACUUCGAGCACCUCCCAUACAUCCGUGCCAUGGUCAAAGAGGCCCUGCGCUGGCGUCCCAUUGACCCCGUCGGCCUUCCCCAUCGUUCCUCGCAAGAUGACUGGUACGAAGGUCAUUUCAUUCCCGCAGGCACAAUCGUCAUCGCCAAUGUCUGGCAUCUUAAUCGUGACCCGGAGAUUUACGGAGCUGACGCAGCCCAUUUUAACCCUGCUCGACACUUGGACGAGGAGGGCAACGUCGCACCUGGUCCUCCCGAUACAAAGGAAGAGAGCCAUGUCACUUACGGGUUUGGUAGGCGGCUGUGUGUCGGCCGGCAUGUGGCGAAUAAUUCGCUAUUCAUUGACAUGGCGAUUAUGCUUUGGGCAUUAAACAUAGAGAGAACAGUGGACGAGACAGGGAAGCCCACUCCAUUAGAUAUAGAUGGCUGUAUCGAGGAUGGUCUCGUUGUUCGUCCCAUGCCAUUCAAGUGCAAGAUCACGCCCCGGUUCCCAGAAGCCAUUGCUCUCUUGGAACAGGAGAAAGAGCUGCUCGGUCAAUAAUUAUGGCAGCUACUAAGCUUAUGGCCCAGUUCUGUUGUCUAGACUCUGAGUUUCUUAUUGUACAACUAGACGUUGCAUGAUAUGUAGAAUACUACUUUGGUUGCUGAGCU